AUGCCGCUGCUGGUUUCAGACUUCUGCUGGAGUCAGACCGACUCCACGGUCCACAUCAGCGUCCCUCUGAAGGGGGCCCGAGCCGACAUGGUGGAUGUCCUGUGUACGGAGGAGUACCUGAAGGUGCAUUUCCCGCCGUACCUGUUCGAGGCGUUCCUUUACGAGCCUGUCUUGGACCACAGGAGCUCGGCCAAGCUGGGAAACGGAGUCGCGCUCUUCAAUUUACCCAAGAAGACCGAGCGGGUCUGGGAGGACCUCAUGAAAACGUCCCUUGAUAAAGAGCAGAAGCAGGAGGUCAGACGGAGAGCGCUGCAGAAGCAUCAGGAGAAGGUUUCCUCGGAGGACAAGCAGAAGGCCGAGAGGCGGCAGGCGGAGAGGAAGUUCACCCUGCAGACCACCAUGAAGCUGGAGCAGGAGGAACGAGAGAACAUCCAGAAGAUGAAGGAGGUGGAGAGACAGAAGACCUCAGAGGAGCUGGAGGCCUGGCAGCAGAGACUGAAGGACAGACGAGAGGAGAGACGAGUGACGGGAGGAGUCACACCAGGAAGCUGCAACACGAAGGUCCAGAAGAACGCCGCCGAGCUUCCUCCUCCCAGAUCCAGAGGAAACAUCCAGGUCAGCUUCACCCCGAGGGUUUUCCCCACGGCGCUGCGAGAGUCCAGAGUGGCCGAGGAGGAGGAGUGGCUGCAGAAGCAAGCCGAGGCCCGGCGAGCGCUCGGCGCAGAUGUGGAGCAGCUGCAGGACCUGACGGAGGCAGAGAGGAACCCCGACUGGCUGAAGGAGAAAGGAGACAAGCGCUUCACGGCGGGGGAUUACCACGGUGCGGUGAACGCCUACAACCUGGCCAUCAGGCUGAACUCAAAGAUCCCGGCGCUGUAUUCCAACAGAGCCGCGUGUCACCUGAAGCUAGGCAAUCUGCACAAAGUCGUGGAGGACGCCUCUCAGGCACUCCAGCUGCUGACUCCUCCUGUUGCUGCUAACGCGGCCGCCAGAGUCCGGGCCAGCGUCCGCCGGGGCUCGGCUUUCUGCCAGCUGCAGCUCUACGCCGAAGGACUGCAGGAUUUUCAGACGGCCCUGAAGAUCGACCCGGACAACGAAGCUCUGCAGAGAGACGUCCAGAAGAUCAGAGACAUCAUGCAAGGCUCCGCUCACACACAUACACACACACACACACACUGA